GAUGCUGUGCUGUGCUGUGAUUACGCCAGUUACGUUUAUGUCAGUCCAGCAAUCUAUGUGUAAAACUUUAAGAAAUAUGUACGAAAUGAUUAUUAUAAAACCUUAUUUAUAUGCAUAAAGCCAUAUCUUACAUUAACAAAAUGAUUAUUAUCCAUUUUAGUAACACGUAAAUGCAGUGAUUAUACUUAAUUUGCUGGCGAAAUAAUUCGUUAUCUGUUGCAAGUAAUCUGUGUUAAAUGAAAAGUAUAAAUAGUAUAUAGAAAUGGACGAGAGGCGUGUAGCGGAGUAUUUUGUGGUGGCCGGGCUGCCCGAGAAACCCGAAAUACUCGACGACUCCGAUUCUGGCCACCUAAAAGGUUACAGUACUAAGCCGCCGAUCACAGAUAUAAGUGUAAUAUUCCCUGGUUUAGGGGAAAGGGUGCCAGAUGGGUACGAAGUAGUGGAGCUAACGCCGACCGGACUGCCCGCCAAUUUGAACCAUGGCUCGAUGCGGUCACCAGAAUGCUAUCUGUGUAUACGAAGGGGGAGGGAUCGACCACCGCUAGUUGAUAUAGGUGUAAUGUACGAAGGUAGAGAACGGUUAAUGGCCGACGCUGAAAUGGUCCUGUUGUCCGUUGGCGACCGGCUGGCCAACGUUAACAAUUCCACCGCCAAGUCGUUCAUAACGUACCGACGCGCGCAUCCAACGGCGCCGUGCAACGCGUUGGUCGUGGUGGACGUGUGCGUCAUCAUCACGUGCAAGGGGGAAACGCCGCCGCAUGCCUUUUGUAUGAUCGGGAAGAAUUUAAAUAAAGGGUUAAUAGGCAGCAACGUGUUCCUAUGCUACAAAAAGUCAAUGAAUCGCCCGCCGUUAAUAGCUUACAAACCUGAAGUGCUGUUUAGGUAUCCAUCAACAGAGCGUCGCAGUCUGGCGUUCCCCACGUCAGUGCCUCUGUUCUGUCUGCCCAUGGGCGCCACGCUCGAGGUGUGGCCCAACAACGCUGCGUCGCCAAAACCCGUGUUCUCUACGUUCGUCCUCACCGUCGCUGAUGCUACGGAUAAAGUAUAUGGGUCAGCGGUGACGUUCUACGAGAGCUACCCGCACUCGUCGCUGAGCGACUCUCAGAUGGAGCAGCUGGGGUGGCGCGCGGGCGUGUCUCACAGCACGCACUCGCUGCACGCCAACAAGUGCAUCUGUCUGCUGUCCCGAUGGCCCUUCAGUGAUACCUUCGAGCGAUGGCUCUUGUACAUAUUGGAGAUGUCCUGGAGCAAGGAGCCUUUGAGUAUACCUAUCGAGCGGUACAUAACACACCUGCUAGAAGAAGUGCCAUUUCCAGAACCGAGAAUAUUAUUACAGCUGUCGCCAACGAACGCUCACGACCGGGUAAUAGUAACGCGUCGCGACGAUCAGCCGCUGGUGCGUAGCGGGGCCGGCUUCAGGCAGCUCCUGCUGAACCUCGGCGCUGACAACUGCUUGCUGCUGCUGGCGUUGGCGAUCACUGAGCAGAAGAUACUUAUACAUUCGCUCAGGCCAGACACAUUGACUGCUGUCUCCGAGGCAGUUUCCAGUUUAUUAUUUCCAUUCAAAUGGCAGUGCCCGUACAUUCCGCUUUGCCCUUUGGGUCUAGCAGAAGUAUUACACGCUCCGUUACCGUAUUUAAUAGGAGUGGACUCAAGGUUCUUUGACUUGUUCGAACCCCCGCCAGAUGUGACGUGUGUCGACUUAGAUACCAACAAUAUCACAAUAUGCGAAUCCCAGAGGCAUAUAUCAAUAAAACUAUUGCCCAAAAGACAAGUAAGGUUAUUGAGACACACAUUGGAGCAAUUAUAUACCAACAUACGGCCCGCUUCACCAGUACAUUCUUCACACAACAACAAAUAUAAUGGGGAACCAACAACGAGCUUAGACAGAGAUUUUCAAAAAAGAAAAAAGGAGCAAGCGUUAGAACUGAAAAUCCAGGAAGCAUUUUUGAGGUUCAUGGCACAGACGCUACAAGGGUACCGAGGAUACCUCAUACCGAUCACCAAAGCGCCCACAGUGGGUACAACCGAUCCACACGCUCUGUUCCAUAUGGACGCAUUCCUUCGCUCUAGAGCUGAUAAGACAGAACAACGCUUCUUUACUCUGAUAAUGCGAACGCAAAUGUUCACGCGUUUCAUAGAAGAACGCUCGUUCGUGUGCGACAAUGACCAAGGUCUGACAUUCUUCGACGAGUGCAUAGAACGAGUGGCCAGCAAAGAGGCGAGAGCACACGAGCCGUUGUUGGGAUUGGACAAUUCUAACACGUCGGAGCGUACCGUGUUCGUGCCACCACCGGACCCUGACCCUGAGGAACAAUACACAUAUGAAAAGUUCAUAUUAGACGAGGUGCUGGUGGAUCGAUGUCGACAGAACACGCGGGGCGGCGCGCUACAAGCUUUGCCCGCGACUGCGCUCGCCUCGGCCGAGUCUUUAGCAGAUGCCUCACCAAUGGCCAGACGUACUAAGAAUGAAAUAUCUGCGGCGCAAAGACUGGCGCGCAAAGCAAGCCUGUUCCCGGAGGAGUGGGCCAAGUGUCUCCUGGGCGCGUGCUACUCGCUGUACUUCCUGGCGCUGCCGUGCCGCAUCUUGCUCUGCCGGGGAAGGGAGCACGCCACCCUCAGGGACGCCUUCGAGCUGCUGGAGCGAGCCACCAAACUGCGAGUGCCUUGCGAUGAGGUGUGCUAUCGGGUGAUGAUGCAACUCUGCGGCAUUCACUCGCUGCCAGUGCUGGCAGUGCAGUUGCUUUUCCUGAUGAAGAGAUCGGGACUGCAGCCCAACGCGCUGACGUACGGAUACUACAACCGCUGCGUGCUCGAAGCUGAUUGGCCGAAGGACAUGUCCAGUGGAUCACAGUUACUGUGGAAUAAGCUGAGGAUCGCGGUGAUGGGCGCGGCGUUGUUCCGGAAAGCGGGCGCGCAAAGGGCCAUACGAUCCGCCGGCACUACGGGCAGCACUGGAACACUUCCUCGCGUCCGGACAGUUGGAGGCGAAGGGUCGGAUUUGGCGGCGUUGGCACUCGCCGAACCUACGCGUAGUAGGUCGAGUUUAGAUUCCGCUAGCGAAGGGGCGACCGCCAGCGCGAGCGCGUUCGAGGCGCUGUGCCGGCGCGGUAACAUCGUGCGCGCGAACACGACGCACCCGCGCGCGCACAAGCUGUCGCACGCCGCCGGGAUACUUAUAUCAGGUUUGCCGUCAAAUCCAGAUUUAACCGGCACGUCUCGACCAAGAAGUAAUUCGUUAGGGACUGAAGAACCUGAGCCGUUGACCAUAACAGAAAAAAGACAGACAAUACACGUCAGUCCAGAGAGUCCGUCCGACCUCCGUAUACUGACACGGUCGAAGAGCUUCGCGGGCGACGCUCAGAUCGUGCAGAAUCUACAGAGGCUUUCAUUCUCCAGUGGUUCAAAUGUGAAGACUCGCUGCUCGAGGACACUCAGUUUCCCUGAGGAACCGGAAAAGGAGGCGGCAGCUAUGGAACCUUUAGAUCUGAACUCCAAAUCCUCACCUUUAAAAUUGUCACCCCGAACGCCAGUAUUAGCCGAUGACCCUCUCGGAGCCUUAACCCUGGAUGAACGGGAGCCGCUGUUGGAACCGAAGCCCCCUGUAGAUGACGGGCCUCCGCUGCCGAAACACGAGCUGAGCGUCAGUCCCAAGCUGUUCCACCGGAGGAGCAACUCUUUCCAGGACGAACCUACAGAGGAUCAGCCCGGGAAACUGCAUAGGAGCGAAACGGCGCCAGCUACAGUCUCAUCCAGCCUGGCGAGCCUCGGCAACACACUCAAGAUCAGCUUUGGACGCUAUUCGCCUGCCAGACUGUCGUUGCGCAAGGAAAACAUGAAAAUCGGAAAAGCUAUGAUCGAGAAUUACUUCAGCCCAACGAGCAUAGCUGGCAAGAAGUCUAACGAACUCCUGCAAAGCGGUCUGAGCAGUCUCAAGUCAGCCGCGACUAGUAUGGCGAAGAAGUUCGAUGAGAUGAAGGAGGUUAUAUCGGCGAAUUCCACGCCAGUCAAAGGGGCUAUCGGGAACGCUACCAGCGCCUUAACCAGCUUCAUGGGCGAAGAUGAAUCUGGGGACGGCUCUUCGGAAUUCAAUCCAGAUGAACAUUCCGGUAAUGGCUUUAGACGUGUCUCGAGUGAUGCUGAGCUAGCGUCGUCAACUGAGCGCGGGUCACUCGCUACUCUACUGUCACAUCUUCCGGACAACCUUUACCCGACGCUAAAUGGCAACGCCAAAGCGGAGAACGUGUCAGUGACAGUGCACAUAACGUCGUGCUCGCAGUGCCACCAGUGCCUGGCGCUGCUGUACGACGAGGACAUCAUGGCGGGCUGGGCGGCCGACGACUCCAACCUGAACACGCGCUGCACGGCCUGCGGCAGGCACACCGUGCCCUUGCUCUCUGUGCAGGUUAUACGAACGGGUCUAACACAAGCGGAGACCAUGAGCGUGCCUUAUUUAAAUCCUCUCGUUCUCAGAAAGGAAUUCGAAUCUAUUUUAGGUAGGGAAGGUGAUGCAUGUCUAGCGGAGUCUGAGUUCGUGGAGUCUCAUCCAAUAGUGUACUGGAACUUGGUGUGGUUCCUCGAGCGCGCGAACAUUGAGAACCAUCUCCCUGACUUGCUGUGUCCCAACUAUUCAGCCAAGUACCAGAGUACGGACCAACUGCCUGAUGUGGACAAACCAGUUGGUGUGCGCGUAGUGUGCGAGUGGGAGAGCGCCAGGCCGGCGGAGGGCGAGGCGCAGGCGCUGUACAGGGCGUGGCGGGGACGCAGACAGCAACCGCGCUCGCGGCAACUGCGCGCGCUGUUGCUGACUGACCACGACUGUAAUGCGCACCAAUCGGUCGUCGCGGCUGUACUGGACGGACUGGUCAGCAACGAUCUGUCGGACGCGAUACGCAGACUGGCCGCGUGGCGAGACUCCACGUGCGGCAACAAGCGGUAUUACUCUUACUAUAGGGACAUAUUAUUCCUAGCGAUGGCAGCGCUAGGUGAACAGAACAUCGACUUCAUAGCCCUCCAGCGCGAGUACACACGCGCCCUCGAACAGCUGGGCACAGAGACGAGGCCGCAGGACUUGCCCCCGUCACCUACCGCCGCAUGCUGCAGGCACUACUUCAAGAGACUACGACUGAACAUACACGAAGUAUGAUCUAAAACUCUUUGGCAUUUCACUCAGAGGCCACCAUAGACAAGGGAAUUAAGGAAAUGAUAGUGAGAUAGGCCUAUAGAUGUCACAAGAUAUCUCGAGAAUGGAAAAACAUAUGGUACACGAAUUAUGAUCUAAAGCUGUAUGGCAUUUCAUUCACAGGCCACCAUAGACAAUGGAAGGAAUUAAAGAAAUGAUAGUGAGAUAGGCCUAUAGAUGUCACAAGAUAUCUCGAGAAUGGAAAAAGACAUGGUCGAAUAGCGCGGCAUUAUUUAAGGCUACACCGUGCAAGUUUCAUCGUAUGUAAGCUGCCCCGACACUUAUUAGUGCCAAUACAAGAAAUCCCUUAACAAUAUUAAAAAUGACCUCAAGCUAAUUUACCGGGUAUAAAGUCAUUGAAUUUUGACCUAUUUUUAGGUUAAAGUGAAUGACCUCAAAGGGUUGACGAGCCGCACAGCGGCAUGGCAUUGAAUAGAUAGGUGUUUGAAAAUAAGGAUUUUUAGAACAAUCAAUAUUGUUACAAUUGUAUAUCCUUGAAUUAUGCUUUGUUUUUUUUUAUAAUAACACUAAUGGAUAAUAUACAUUGGGUACAUUAUGCGAUUUCGAUUUAGAUAAAGCAAACAUCACGGUGUAUAUGCUGAAAAUAUAUAAUAUAUAUGGAAAAUAUCUCUCGUUGAUUCAUCAUAAAGAGAAAGAUAUUUUUGAUUCCGUCGGUAUUGGUCGUCAAUAUGUGUUUUUCUUUUCACUAGAUAUGUCAUUGACACAAGUUGGUCUACUGGAUAAACCAAUUGCAUUGUCACAAUACUCUCGUGUGUGGUCACAAGGGAAUAUGAUUUUUCGUUUCCGAUUUCUUAGCUUUAAAGUUUGACUUGCCUCUGAAAUCGUGUAAAAUGGCGUUGUAUAAUAAAUCAGUUACGAAGGCUUAUAAAAUUACGUUAGUUAAAAUUCCAAGUUUAUUUGCGAAUUGGUUACAAAGGAAGGUUUGUUCUUACAAUCCAGGAUUUAAUAGCGGUCUUUGCAAUUUGAAAUUUUUAGAUGUGAGAUUUUUAUGUUGAAUGUAUUGUAUAAUUGCUUAUCUACAUUAUUGUAUUUUAUACAUAUAUGGACGAUUUUUUACACGAAAAAUGAUUUUGUACAAGAUUAUGUCAAACAUAAUAUGACAACCGUCCAUUAUGUUUUAAGUCGACAAAACUGCAAGCGAAUCUCUAUGACAUUCAAUUUUAUCAUUAAUACAUUUAAUACAAGGACAUAAAGAUGAAUUUCCAAUGACAAUGACUUUAAAAUUAUAGGUGAGAUAAGGUUUUAGGUAAUGUCUCAUGGCCCUGAACUAUGAAAGUUUUGUAGUCUUGACUUUUAUCAAGUUUUGACACUCAUCGAGAACAUGAAACAUUCAAAUUCUCGAUCAGUUUAUCUUAUUUAUCUGUAACCCCAAAGGAUGAAAUUCUUUCUCGCUAGAAAUUAUGCUUCUAUGUAUCGAAAAAUUUAAUAAACAUGUGAUGUUUAGCCCGUUUUUGGACGUAUUCUUGUCUAGCUUAUAGUUACUUUUGCCCCAAUACAUAUUUAUGGUAUUUAUGUCUGCUGUCCUAAUUGGAAUGUACCUAUAUCAACCGACUUUAAAAAAAAACGGUGAAUACAAAUCCUGACUGUCAAAUAUAUUCACCGAUAUUUUUUUAAUUGAUUGCUGUCAGAAUAUGUGAAGCCAAACGUUCUUUAAUUCUUUUGAUAAUUCAUUGAACGCCUAAUAUUAAUAUUCCACAAUUUCUAUGACAUAACAAUUGUGCCUACCAUUGUGACAUUAAUUUUAAAAGAACAUUGGUUUUAAACCGUAUCUUAAUAUUGACUGUCAGAAUAUUUUAAGAAUUUAUGCUUUAAAUUCAGUUCAAUCUAUACUUGUUUUCACAAAUUAUUAUAAAAAAAUUGCACGCAGAUCUUUUGGUAGCAUAACGGAAAAGUGGCUCGAAACAUUUAGCUUACUUUUUCCUCAUAAAGUUUCAGUUUAGGGAAAACACGAAUAAAGUAUUAUGUUAAUUUGAAAUAAUAAAAAACCAUGUUUGGCACCAUAUUAACAUUUUCAUUACAACUUAGCAUGCUAGUAGAUGGUAUUAGUUCGAAAAAUAGCGAUAAUAAUUUUUUUUUUUUUACUGGCAAUACUUUUAAAUUAUUUAUUUCAUUUAUAUGUGUAUAUUUGACAUACAAUACAAUUUAAAUAGUCAUUCUUUAUAUAUAUUUGACAUACAAUUCACAUCAAUUUGUACAUAAAUAAAAUAUUAUUGUAUUUAUUUGUGAUUGCGUUUUGACUUUUUUUUUCGUUUUAUUUUUACGUAAGACGUAUCCGUUAUGCGUAAAUCUCGGGUGCUAAUGCGUAAUAUAAAUUAAUUAUAACAUUUUAUUCACUGUACAUAUUGUAAUGUAUAAAUAGGAUUUGAAAUUAUUCAUGAUACAAUGACGUAUAGCUUGUCAAGUUCGUUGAUUACACCCCAUGAUAUGUGGGCGACGGGAGGAAGGACUACGCGGGUGUGAAAAUGUGCGCGCAGAGCAUCGCCCUCACCUCCCUCCCGGCCCGCGCUGACCAUAGUGUUACGAACGAAUUUACCAAGCUAUAUCUAAUAUGUGUGAAAAAGAUUUAUUGAUAUAUCACUUCAAACCCAUUACUAGACCUCAAAAGAUAAAUUUGCACUUCUCGAAAGCAGCCUCGGUUUUAACAUAAGAAAUUUUCAUAGCAUAAAAUAAUUAAAAACUUAUCUGUUUUUGAUAUUUUUUUCAUGAUUAUAUGAUAAAGAAAAGUGUGUGUGAACUCCGACGCACUAAUGGAGUUUACUCUUUCAGAUCGACUGUCUAAAUAGGUGUAUGUUGCCCCGCAGCAUACACUAUGUACGUCUCAAUACCCACGCCUGAAAAAUUAAUGGUGCGCAACCGAGGAGCCGCAGGCGGCUGCGCACGGUGAAAGGUGCGCAGAAUAGGUUGCGCACAAAAACGUAACGAAUUUUACCGCCCAUUAUUUUUCUCAUACCGGGGGCUAUAUAUAAAAAAUCGAUUCUUAAGGAGUAAACUCACAAAAAAUUUCUUGAUUUUUUUUCUUUAGCGCAAAGUUUGUUAAACAAACUUCAUAUUUGGCUACAGUUUUUGCAGUUAUUUACUAAAAUCUAAUCUAAUCUAAUGUGAUGUGAUAUUUAUGUAACAGCGUACAUAUUGGUUUAUGUAAUGUUUCACAUACAUACACAUUUUCAGUGCACAUUUUUAACCAUUCCAAAAUUGCACUUAGUUUUUAAACUUUUGCUUUGUUAAAAUUUCAUUAAAACAAAAGUCAUGUUUGUAUACUGUCAAAAAUUGAGUCUUGUACAUAUUGAUAAGAAAUUGGUAUGUACUGAUGUUUUUUUUUUAGUUUGAAGAUCCUAAGUUUGAUGUCAUGAACAGUAUGUAAUUGUAACACAUGUGUGACUUGUAACAUCAUAUAAAAUAUUGUGUAACCUUGUAACGAUAUUUGAAGUGAAUUUAUUAUUGUUAAACGAUGUAGGGCCACUACACACUAGCGCGCAAAGCGUCAUAUUAUCGCAUGCAUGCGCUAGUGUGUAGGGGCCUUAAGAUGUAACUUCUAAACCGUUCCCAUAAAACACCAUGUAUCAUGAUUUAUAUGUAUAGAUUUAGUCAAAGUAAUCAAAUUGUUGUGUACCUAGUACAAAAACUAAAUCUUGGACAUCUGCUAGUUUAUUUCAUCAGAAAUAAAUUAAGAUAAAUUGUUAUUAAUAUGGUUAACUAGCGGACGCCCGCGACUUCGUCCGUGUGGAAUUUGAUCUGAACUUUAAACCCCUAUUUCACCCCUCUAUUUUCUAUUUUCGCAUGUUUUAUAAUUAUAAAUGAAUAGUCCAAAAUAAUCGUUUUACAAAAUUAUAACUCAAACCAGGAACAAGAAAAAUAGAUAUUGAAAAAACUUCAAGCCCUUUUUAAGCCUUUAGGGGCAGAAUUUUGAAAAAUUUGAAUAAGACUGAAACUAAAAUUUUCAAUAUAUCUUCAAUGAAGAGAAUUACACCAGUUACAGUUUCAUAAGAAUCUAUACUAAUAUUAUAAAUGCGAAAUUAAGUCUGUUUGUCUGUCUGUCUGUCACCUUUUCACGCCUAAACGGCUGAACCGAUCAAGAUGAAUUUUGGAAUAAUGGUAAAUGGUACCUUAUAGCAAAACAUAGGGUACUUUUGAGCCCAAAAUUAAUAAUAGAAAGGGUAAAAUAGGUAUGAAUGGAAAGUCCUUUAUUUUAAAAAUUUGUACAUAAAUCAUGAAAAAUACGAAAUAUAAUGCGAUUCAAGAGUUUAUAAAAUUAAAUCCCUAAAAUGGUGAAAUAGGGGGAGAAAGUUUACAUUGAUUUUCUAGCGGACGAAGUCGCAGGCGUCCGCUAGUACGAGUAGAUAGAUAUGCGAUGAAAAAGUGACUGCCAAAUCGAAAGUAUUGAAAAGUGUCAACAUAAUAAUUUAAAAAUUUACAGUAAUGUUGUCUUGUGUGAUUUGAAAUUCAUGCAUCAUCACAAUAUGCAAUGGCCUAAAAUAUAUUGAUGCUUUCUUGAAUUUAACAUAACAUACUAUUUAUAUUAUGAAUACUCAUGACUAACAAUAGUUGAGGAUCGAAAUACUAUUUAUUCAGUUAUCACUUAACCGUAGUCUUAGUCGAAUAAUGUGAGGCAGUUAUUUAGCAGGUAUUAUUAUUAUUUUCAUUCUUAUAUUGUAAAGUUAUAGGAAAUAUGUAUGUCAUUAUGUUAUUAUAUAUUUUUUUAAAUACACAAUUUUUAUUAAUUGUCAUUUUAUCGAAUUAAAAUAUAUGUAUGAUGCAAUAAUAAAUGUUUCUAGUUUGGACUGUAUUAGGUGCGCGCAAGAUAAGUUGCCAAUUAUGUUGCCAGCGUUAGUGAUCUAUUUUGCCCGCCAAGAGAUGGCGGCACUUUUGAUUAUAGCUUCAAAUUCAUUCGUAACAGACCUGAUGGUCCGGGAAGCGGUAGCGAUGCCCCGCGCGGCGCACGACUUCACACCCGCGCAGUACUUUCUCCCCGUCGCCCGCAUAUCAGGGGAGUGUCAUCAAUGAACUUGUCAAGCUAUAGUUCCGAUUUUGGCCACGCGCAAACUUAUCGUGCGCGCACUCUACGCUUUUUAUAGAAGCACCUUGUCUAUGAUCAAAUGAUUAUGUAUUUGGAUGUUAUAUCGCAGAGCUAAUGAUACUUUAUUUGCCUCAAGUUAUGUUUAAAGCCAUAUUUUAAGUUCAAUAUGAAAUGUACAAUGGUGAUAGUCGCCUAGAAGUAUUUUUAUAAUAUUUGAAGUGAUUUAUAUCAUGUACAAGGUAAUUAAAAAGACAUGCAAUAAUAAAUUUCAAUGUAUUAAAAUUAAUUUCCAUUUUAUUGUUUUAUUUAAAAUUUAUUGUAAACGACGAGUAUAAUGAGAUGGAUAUAAUUUUUAUAUAAAAAAAAUAUAUUGCUUCA